GCCGCGACUCGGGGGCGCGCACGUCAGUCGCUGCCGUUGGCUGACUUCCGGUGGUGCUGAAGCGGAGUUUCCGCGGGAUCAGGCCGGCCGGAUGGAACAGAAGUGGGACUUGUAAAAUGUUGCCCUGUAAGAAAAGGAGAACUACAGUGGCAGAGUCCCCACAGCAUAAGGGCAGCCAAGAGGAAGAUGACGUAGACCUAGAGUCUGCUGUUAAACCAGAAUCUGACCAGGUUAAGGACUUGGGGUCAGUGUCACUAUCGUGGGGUCAGAGCCAUGACAGAGCAGCUAGCCUUGAAGUACAGUCUGUGCAGGAUGCAGGAAAUCAGCUUGGUGUGGAGGAGCCAUCUUCCAGCUCCAGGAUGCCCACCCAGGACACAAGUCUAUCAAUUCUAGAAGCUGUGGAUGAGCCUUUCUCUCAGGGAAUCACCCUGCCUUCCUUGGAGUCUUCCCAGCCUCUUAAUAUACACAUUGGCAAAGGAAAACUCCAGGCCACUGGCUCAAGAAGAGGGAAGAAAAUUACACUCAGGCCAGGGCUUGUUACCCAGGAAGAAAGAGGCGAUCAUCCCUCCACACAGGAGCCUUUUUCAGGAGAGCCUAGUGAAGAAGUCAAGGAAGAAGGAGGUCUUAUUUGUGGCAUGAAGACAGGAGGAGCUGGAGGAAAAUUCAAGAUUAAAAUGCUAGAGAAGAUAUGCAUAAGAAAACCUCAGAUGCAUUCUGGAGGGGAGAUACCUUCACUGCCACUAGGCAGCCACCUUGCAAAACCAGGGACCCAGCCUAGGAAAUCAUCCCAGCCAGGAGUCUGUGCCUCUUCUCAAGAAAAGCCACCCAGGACUCUAGCUCACCAGGCUGAGGAAGAGAUGGAGGAUGGUGGACUCUUCAUUCCAAUGGAAGAGCAAGACAAUGAAGAAAGUGAGAAAAGGAGAAAAAAGAAAAAGGGUACCAAGAGGAAACGAGACGGAAGAGGUCAAGAAGAAGGGACUUUGACUUAUGACUUGAAACUGGAUGACAUGCUUGACCGAACCUUAGAGGAUGGUGCCAAACAGCACAACCUAACAGCGGUCAAUGUGCGAAACAUCCUUCACGAAGUAAUCACGAAUGAACAUGUGGUAGCAAUGAUGAAAGCAGCCAUCAGUGAGACGGAAGAUAUGCCAAUGUUUGAGCCUAAAAUGACACGCUCCAAACUGAAGGAAGUGGUGGAGAAAGGAGUGGUUAUUCCAACCUGGAACAUUUCACCUAUUAAGAAAGCCAAUGAAAUUAAGCCUCCUCAGUUUGUGGAUAUCCACCUCGAAGAAGACGAUUCCUCAGAUGAAGAGUACCAUCCAGAUGAUGACGAGGAGGACGAGACUGCUGAAGAGAGUUUAUUGGAAAGUGAUGUCGAAAGCACUGCUUCGUCUCCACGUGGGGCAAAGAAAUCCAGAUUGAGGCAGUCUUCUGAGAUGACUGAAACAGAUGAGGAAGGUGGCAUAUUGUCAGAGGCUGAGAAAGUCACCACCCCUGCUAUCAGGCACAUCAGUGCUGAGGUUGUGCCCAUGGGGCCCCCUCCCCCUCCAAAGCCAAAGCAGACCAAGGAUAGCACUUUCAUGGAGAAAUUGCAUGCUGUGGAUGAGGAGCUGGCUUCCAGUCCAGUCUGCGUGGAUUCUUUCCAGACCAUGGAUGACAGCCUCAUUGCAUUCCGGACCCGUUCUAAGAUGCCCCUAAAAGAUGUUCCCCUGGGGCAACUAGAGGCCAAGCUCCGAGCUCCAGACAUCACCCCAGACAUGUAUGACCCGAAUACAGCAGAUGAUGAGAACUGGAAGAUGUGGCUAGGGGGACUCAUGAAUGAUGAUGUAGGAAAUGAAGAUGAGGGAGAUGAUGAUGAUGACCCAGAAUAUAAUUUCCUGGAAGAUCUUGACGAACCAGACACAGAAGACUUCCGCACUGACCGGGCAGUGAGAAUCACCAAAAAGGAAGUGAACGAGCUGAUGGAAGAGCUCUUUGAAACUUUCCAAGAUGAGAUGGGAUUCCCCAAAGUGGAAGAUGACGGCCCUGAGGAAAAGGAUCGUGUGGCUGAGUCUCGGCCUAACUUUAAUACCCCUCAAGUCUUACGCUUUGAGGAGCCACUGGCCAACUUGUUAAAUGAGCAACAUCGGACAGUAAAGGAGCUACUUGAACAGCUGAAGAUGAAGAAAUCCUCAUCCAGACAGCAGCAGGAGGCAGAGAGGGUGAAGCCCAAGAGUGAAAAAGUUCCUCAGACUCUGGUUCUGGAUCUAGCACAGAGGAAGAGACUCCAGCAGCAGAUGCAGCAGCAUGUUCAGCUCUUGACGCAAAUCCACCUUCUCGCCAGCUCCAACCCCAGUCUGAGUUCGGAGGCCAGCACCACCAGAGUAUUUCUUAAAGAGCUGGGAACCUUUGCUCAAAGCUCCAUUGCCCUUCACCAUCAGUUCAACACCAAGUUUCAGACCUUGUUCCAGCCCUGUAACCUGAUAGGAGCUAUGCAGCUCAUUGAAGACUUCAGCACACACGUCAGCAUUGACUGGAGUCCUCGUAAAACUGUCAAGAAACCUGCCUAUGAAUUUCCCUGUUUGCCAAAGCAAGUGGCUUGGAUCCUGGCAACAAGCAAGGUUUUCAUGUAUCCAGAGCUACUUCCAUUAUGUUCUCUGCAGGCAAAGGGUCCCGAGGAUAAGAGCUUCUUCACCAAGGCUGAGGACAAUUUGUUAGCUCUAGGACUGAAGCACUUCGAAUGCACUGAGUUUCCUAAGCCUCUAAUCAGCAAGUACCUUCUAACCUGCAAGACUGUCCACCAACUGACAGUGAGAAUCAAGAACCUGAACCUGAGCAGAGCUCCCGACAACAUCGUGAAAUUGUAUAAGAAGACUAAACAGCUGCCUGUCUUGGUGAAGUGCUGUGAAGAAGUCCAGCCACAUCAGUGGAAGCCACCUGUAGAGAGAGAAGAACACCGACUCCCUUUCUGGUUAAAGGCCAGUUUGCCAUCCAUCCAGAAGGAACUGCGGCACAUGGCUGAUGGUGCUGGAGAGGUAGGAAAUGUGACUGGAGCACCUGAGACCAACUCUGACCCAGGCCGAAACAAAGGCAGCUCAGAGUUGGGGAGUGAAGCUCGGUACCCACUGCUGUUGCCUAAGGGUGUAGUCCUGAAACUCAAGCCAGUUGCCAAACGUUUUUCCAGGAAGGCUUGGAGACAGAAGCGGUCAUCGGGCCUGAAGCCCCUUCUUAUCCGACCCAGCCCCUCUCUCCAGCCUAGCUUCAACUCUGGGAAAACACCAGCCAGAUCAACUCAGUCGGAAACCCCUCCGAGCAAAAUGGUGGGUCAGAUUCCUCACCCGAUCCAGACAGUGCCAGGCAUCCCUCCACUGGAGGUCACAGGGGGUCAUGGUUUUGAGUCUUCUUUGGCACUGCCUGAGGCCAGGACCAGCUUCCCUCUCACCUCUGCCCCUGUGCCCAAGGUAAUGCUGCCCUCACUUGCCCCUUCUAAGUUUCGAAAGCCAUGUGUGAAACGGAGACCCCCAAAGAGAAAGGGGGCCAAGACCUCUCCCUGUCUGAAACCUGCCCCCUUUAUCCACCCUGCACCUGUCAUCUUCACUGUUCCUGCCACCACGGUGAAGGUCGUGAGCCUCAGCACUGGCUGUAACGUGAUCCAGCCUGUCAAUGCAGCUGUGGCCCAGAGUUCUCAGACCAUUCCCAUUGCCACCCUGUUGGUUAACCCUACAUCCUUUCCCUGUCCAUUGAACCAGCCCCUUGUGACCUCCUCCAUCCCACCCUUAAUUGUUUCUGGCAACUCUAUGAAUCUUCAUGUACCAUCUACCCCUGAAGAUAAGGCCCAAGGCAACGUGGACAUUGCUUGUCCUUUGGCUGAAGGGAAAGGUGCCGUUCAAGGCCUAGAACCCAAAGUGGAACCCCAGGAACCAUCUCCUCUUGGUACUACUGUCCUGCCCAAAGAGGAGCAGAGCCCGGGUCCUCUACAAGCAGAUGGGGGGUGCCAGGAAGAAUUGUCAGAGAACUGUACCUAUCACUGGACUAUUGUGAAAACAGAGGAGGGGGGAAAAGCCCUAGAGGCACUGCCUCAGAGCUUACCGGAAUCUCUAAACACUCCCCCUGGGAAUUUAGAGGAAAUUGUCAAGAUUGAACCUGAAGAGCCUAGGGAGGAAAUCUCCAGCAGAUCACCUGAGCAGGACAUUUGUGGUGAAGUCAAAGAUGAACCUUCCGUGGAAUUGGACACCAGCUCCCCCUGUGAGGGGUCAAGUGGCACUAGAGAUGUCAGGAAACAUACAGUCUUACAAAAGGAGGAGGAGAAGAGUCAUCUAACCAAAACCCUUUCAGGUUCUCAGGAGCCUUCUGAGGAAGGUAACUCGGGAGGAGAUGUGAGCAAAGGAUCUCCAAAGACUCCUGUAUCCUCUACAGAUCCUGAAAUGGUGCUUAGUAGUCCCCUAGGGAAGCCUGAAGACUCAUCCAGUGUUGAUGGUCAGUCCGUGGGGACUCCAGCUGGGCCAGAAACUGGAGGAGAGAAGGAUGGGCCAGAGGAAGAGGAAGAAGAGGACUUUGAUGACCUCACCCAAGAUGAGGAGGAUGAGAUGUCAUCAGCUUCUGAGGAGUCUGUGCUCUCUGUCCCGGAACUCCAGGAAACAAUGGAGAAGCUGACUUGGCUUGCAUCUGAAAGGCGCCUGAGUCAGGAGGGGGAGUCUGAGGAAGAGAACUCUCAGGAGGAGAACUCCGAGCAGGAAGAAGAAGAAGAAGAGGAAGCAGAAGGAAUGGAAAGCCUGCAGAAAGAGGAUGAAAUGACCGAUGAAGCAGUUGGAGACCCUACUGAGAAACCGCCUUCCACCUUUACCUCACCCAAGACUGCCCCAGAAGUGGAGACCAGUAGGACCCCACCAGGAGAGAACAUCAAAGCUGCUGGAAAGGGCCGGAGCAAUCAUCGAGCUCGCAGCAAGCGGGGGAGUCGAGCCCGGGCCAGCAAGGACACCUCCAAGCUGCUGUUGCUGUAUGAUGAGGACAUUCUUGAGCGGGACCCACUCAGGGAGCAGAAGGACUUGGCCUUUGCCCAGGCCUAUCUGACCAGGGUACGAGAAGCCCUACAGCAUAUUCCUGGCAAGUAUGAAGACUUCCUUCAGGUUAUCUAUGAAUUUGAGUCAAGCACUCAGAGGCAGACAGCUGUGGAUCUCUACAAAAGCCUGCGAACUCUGCUCCAAGAUUGGCCUCAGCUGUUGAAGGACUUUGCUGCUUUCCUGUUGCCUGAGCAAGCUCUGGCCUGUGGAUUAUUUGAGGAACAGCAGGCUUUUGAGAAGAGUCGUAAGUUUCUUCGGCAGCUGGAGAUUUGCUUUGCAGAGAACCCCUCACACCACCAGAAGAUUAUCAAGGUCCUACAAGGCUGUGCAGACUGCCUGCCCCAGGAGAUCACCGAGCUCAAGACACAAAUGUGGCAACUCCUCAAGGGCCAUGACCACCUGCAGGAUGAGUUUUCCAUCUUCUUUGACCACUUGCGCCCUACAGCUAGCCGGAUGGGUGACUUCGAAGAGAUCAAUUGGACUGAGGAGAAAGAGUAUGAGUUUGAUGGCUUUGAAGAGGUGGCAUUGCCUGAUGUGGAAGAGGAAGAGGAACCUCCCAAGAUACCCACAGCCUCAAAGAACAAGAGAAGAAAAGAGAUCGGGGUCCAGAAUCAUGAUAAGGAGACCGAGUGGCCAGAUGGGACCAAGGACUGUGCCUGUUCCUGCCAUGAUGGAGGUCCUGAUUCAAAGCUGAAGAAGAGCAAAAGGAGACAUUGUAGCCACUGCAGCAGCAAGGUCUGUGACAGCAAAUCCAAGAGCAAGGAGCCCCAUGAGUUGGUGAGCAGCAGCCCCCACCGAGAGGCCAGUCCCAUGCCAGGUGCUAAGGACACUGGGCAGGGCAAGGACGCGGUGGAGGAGGAAACCCCAGAGGAGCGGGAGAGCAUCGAGGCAACCCAGAGCAGGACUGGCAGGGUCACCAGAAAGGGAGAGACGCCUGUUCCAGGAUUGGCAGUGGAGAGCACUUUGCUGUCCCCUCAAGAAGUAACUCUUACAGACCGACUCCUCCUGGAUGGCCCACCACCUUGCUCACCAGAGACUCCUCAGCUUUCCCCACAGACUGUUAAGAGAAAUCAGGUUGGGCUUGAGGUGGCCUCCUACACCAAGGCACCCCCCGAAGAACUUCACAAAGAGAGGGAGGGCCAUAAGGCAGUGGGUGAGUCAGAGACUUCGAGGCUCGUCUGGGAUGCUUCAGAAACUGAGACAUUUCCUGGGACUGCUGAACUCCCUGCUUCCUCCCUGAGUCCUGUUUCUUCAAGGACCAGAGACUUAGGGAGAAGACAGGUGUCUGGGAAACCCGACACUCAAGAGAGCUGGCUGCCCUCCAGCAGAGCUGGGAUGAAGACAGCAGACAGGAUGUCCCCUGUCCAUGAAUCUUCAUCAUCAGGAGUUGACGCCUCAGAGAAUUCUCCUAAAACCCUUGGAGGGAGUUUGGCUAAGGACAGCGGCAUGCAGGGGAAAGGGCCAGAGGGGGAGCAGCAGCCAAAGGCCACAGAAGCUACCGUAUGUGCCAACAACAGCAAGGUCAGCUCCACAGGGGAAAAGGUUGUCCUCUGGACAAGGGAAGCUGACCGUGUGAUUCUCACCAUGUGCCAGGAACAAGGAGCACAGCCACAGACCUUUAGCAUCAUCUCCCAACAGCUGGGAAAUAAGACCCCUGCCGAGGUUUCCCACCGCUUUCGAGAACUCAUGCAGCUAUUCCACACAGCCUGUGAGGCCAGCUCUGAGGAGGAGGAUGACGCAACCAGUACCAGCAAUACAGACCAGCUUUCUGACCACGGGGACCUUCUGUCUGAGGAGGAGCUGGAUGAGUGAGACUCCGGGAGGGAGUGGGUGUCACCUGCACAGGACCAAACUCAGCAUGGCACCAGAUGUUGGGGGAGAGGGUGGUUAUAGUUUUCUUGUCAAACCCUUGGGCUCCGUUUACAGAGCUGGAAGAGCAGGGGCCGAGGACAACGACAAGGUCAAGCUGUGUGCUGGAGUAGGGCCCAGGGUUCUGCCAUCCUUUGCGGCAUUCAAGGUCUUUUGUGAAGACCUUAACAUCUACAUUGUAAAUAGCCCCGCAGAAGAGUGGGGCUCAGCUCCUUUCUCUACCUUUUUGUUUGUUUGUUUUGGUCAGGUGGUACAUAUUUAUUGUUCUGUGACCUAAUCACGUGUUUCUAAAUGUAAUAAAGGCAUUUGUUGGUGUAGCUGGCCCCGAGACUCUGA